UCUCUCUCUCUCUCUCUCUCACACACACACACACACACACACACACACACACAGUCGCACUGGUUCGCUUUAUCAGGAAUUUUCCGGUAAGGAGUCUUUACACAAAGCAGCUCGAGCUCCGUUAAACAAAGGCGUGUGUGAGCGCGUGAGGCGGAGAGAAGCGCUGUAGAGCCUCUUCAGCAUCAUCACUGGACCAGUUUGUGUGUGUGUGUGUGUGUGUGUGUGUGUGUGUGUGUGUGAGAGAGAGAGAGAUGUAGCGGCAGCUUUGGGUAAAAAAAACACGUAAAAAAUGAAGAAACUUCGGAGAACUUUAUCAGAGAGCUUCCGCCGCGUGGCAUUAAAGAAAGAGGAUGGAGGUUUUGAUGAGAUAUGCGUCUCCAAGAUGUCCACUCGAGGGUGCCAGGGUUCUGACUCGCUCUUUAGGCCCCUGGAUUCGAUCCCUGAGGAACGCCGAGUCCAGCGCACUCAGAGUGGCUUCGAGUCCUUUGAGAAACAUGCCAGUCAGGUGAAGAGAGUUCACUCAGAGAACAAUGCCUGCAUCAAUGCCUCUGGGAGCAACACACACUCAGAGUCACCCAAACUCCGCCGUCACUCCAGUCCCAGCUCAGUGAGUCCGACCAGUCCUAAGUUUGGGAAGGUUGAUUCCUAUGAGAAACUGGAGAAACUUGGAGAAGGUUCUUACGCCACUGUCUACAAGGGAAAGAGCAAGGUGAAUGGGAAGCUGGUGGCUCUUAAAGUGAUUCGGCUGCAGGAGGAGGAGGGAACUCCGUUCACCGCUAUCAGAGAGGCAUCUCUGCUGAAAGGUCUGAAACACGCAAACAUUGUCCUGCUACAUGACAUCAUACACACCAAGGAAACGCUUACACUUGUAUUUGAAUAUGUGCACACAGAUUUGUGUCGGUACAUGGAUAAACACUCUGGGGGGCUUCACCCUGAAAAUGUCAGGCUUUUCCUUUUUCAGUUGUUGCGAGGUUUGUCCUACAUCCAUCAGCGCUUCAUCCUACACCGAGAUCUCAAACCUCAAAACCUGCUGAUCAGUGAAAGCGGAGAACUGAAACUGGCUGAUUUCGGUCUAGCCCGUGCUAAAUCUGUUCCCAGUCACACAUACUCUAAUGAGGUGGUGACUCUGUGGUAUCGACCCCCAGAUGUACUUCUUGGUUCCACUGAAUACUCCACCUGCCUGGACAUGUGGGGCGUCGGCUGUAUCUAUAUUGAGAUGAUUCAGGGUGUGGCUGCAUUUCCGGGUAUGAAGGAUGUUCAGGAUCAGCUCGAACGGAUCUUCUUGGUUCUCGGUACUCCAUCUGAAGAAACAUGGCCAGGUGUUCACUCACUUCCUCACUUCAAACCAGGACGUUUUCCUGUAUAUAGCGCCAAAAAACUUAGACAAGCCUGGAACAAGUUAGGUCAUGUGGAUCACGCAGAAGAUUUAGCCUCCAGGUUCCUGCAGUGUUUCCCAAAGCAGCGUGUUUCUGCUUCCACGGCGCUGCAGCACGACUUCUUCAGACAGUUACCUGAUAAUCUGAGGAAUCUUUCAGACAUGUCCUCUAUCUUCACGGUGCCAGGCUUGAGGCUGUACCCUGAAUCAGAUUUCACAAACAUCAAUACACACAGCAAAGGAGCUUCAUGUGGUAAACAGUGACAGGUUGUUUUUCAUCUGUGUUCUUUCAGGAUGAAGAAAAGAACGAAGCUCUUUAAAUGAUUUUUUUUUUUUAAGUGUGUGUGUGUGUGUGUGUGUGUGUGAGGGUAUAUAAGGGGAAUGUCAUAUUUAACAAUACUAUUCCUUUUUUAAACUUUUUAUUAAAAAUGUUUACAAGUUGGUAAUAGAUGACUUGACACACACACACACACACACACACACACACACACAGCGUGCAUGAACAUGUGGGUUAUGAUAAUGUGUGUACAGAUAAACUAAUUUUCUUCAGAAUGUCCUUCCUUGCCCCACCUCACACCACACCCUUCAUCAUUGACCACGCCCAUUUUGUGAUUAGUCAGUACACAUUUACAACUUUUGUACACACGUACACACACACACACACACACACACACACACACAAGUACAAUAACAACAAUAAUAAUAACACUGAUGUUGCUGCUUUAGGGACUGAAAUAAAGCAAUGAGAGAACACACACAAACAAUGCUUUAGAGAACAGUGUGUGUGUGUGUGUGUGUGUGUGCGUGUGUAUUUAGUACAGGCAAUACACGUAUGUGGUGCUACACUGAGUGGUUAGAUCUUUUGGCCCAGAAUACUCCAAUCUCUGCAUGACCUGUGUACACACUAAAAUAAACAGUUAUGAUUGUGUGACUUACAAUUACAAUUCAAUAAAAGCAGCAAUGAAGGCCAGGAA